AUGCCGUUAGCGGCGGCAAUUCCGAAAGACGCUGAAAUGGCUCGAGAGGUGUGCAUCACUUUCUUUAUAUUUAUUUGUAUGUCGAUUUCAUUAACAAUUGAGAAAAUAUCUAUGAUAUGGUGUUUUGAAACACUUCGGCAACCGGAAGUUGAUAGAGUCACGGGGUAUUUGAUGUUAUUAAGCCUCACAGUAAGCCCCAGCGUUGCCAGUCUUCUACAAAUCCUCUGGAAUGUACCGUUUCUAAAGAAAUCCAAAGACUCGCAAUGUCCAAGACCGAUAAGUUUAAUUGUGGGUAUUUCCUGUCACGUGAUCGAGGGAGCAUGUCUCGUAUUUUUUGCUGCCACUGUAGCUCCUGUACUUCCGGUCUAUAUUUUAAUUCCGCUUUUAAACGGAGUUCUUAUCAUUCCGAUUCUUCUACAGGAACUUUUUAAAUUGAAGAACAACUCGCAGCAGAAAUUCGAAAUUUUUCCUGAUAAUCAACAAAUACAUCGACACCAGAUGUUGUGGAAAAUUAUUUCCGCGUUGGUUAUAUCAUUGCUUCCAACAGUGAUUGGUUGUCUUCUCUAUAUCCGUGAUAUAAUAACACGUGACCAAGCUAUUUGUAUUUCGACAACACUAAUUGGUCUUUCGAUUGUGUGGUGGCCGCAAUUGCGAAAAUAUGCUCUAAAGACAAACUGCUUUCCUGAUGAAAAACCGAAGAAGAUAAGUAUUUUUUAUGCUUCUAUCAAAGUAGCUUCUAUAAUAUCCAGUGUUGCUAUCCACUUUCAUAUAACCGCCAAAGAGUCAGUGGAUUCCAGUCAAAUAUUGCCUGAAUUAAUUCGAGGAACUGACCAAUUACUAAAAUGGAUGACAGGACUCCCAUUAAUUUUGAAUUUUACUUCAGCUCUCUUCUCCCACGCAUUGGCAUGCUUGGCGUUAGCCUUAUCGGUUACUACAUUUGGGCUGGUUAUUCCUUCCGUGGCCUCUACCGCUGCAACUGUUGCUUUGUCUCACACUCUUCUCGGGCCCCGAAUCUUCGCCAUUCAGGAAGAAGCAGAUUUUAGGACGUUUCUCCCAAUCGCUUUUGCUACAGUGGUAGCAUUCAUAAUCUGGUGUUAUCCUUAUUUGAUAAAAACCUCUGAUCUGGUCCCGAAACCACCAUUCCUGUUUAUGCCAUUCGAAGGAGUUUUCCAUUCUUACGGAUGGGACAAUAUAUUCUUCGAUCAGUAUCUCAUUCUUGGCAUUAAAGAUUUGAAGAUGUACGAGAAUGAAGCCGAAAAGAAAAUCUCGGAGAUAGGUAAAUCUAAAUUAAGUCGGAUAUUUAUUUGCACAACAAUGUACAGAGAAGCUGACUAUGAAAUGGGACGUUUCCUAAUGAGCCUCCGCGGUCUUUCAACUUCUUCAAAAUUAAAUGAUGUCAUACUGGAAGCACACAUAUUCAUGGACAACGGUUGUACGUCGGCAUCACUUAAGGAAUUCGCUCAGCAGCUCGUAGAACUUUCACAAGAGAAACUGAGCCUAAGUAUUUCUGAUGGAAUCUGUGUAGAGACUCCUUAUGGCAUUCAGAUCGCUUGGAAGCUUCCUGGUGGUAUGCCAUUUUUCAUCCAUUUCAAAGAUCCGUUAAAAAUUAAACCAAAAAAGCGAUGGAGCCAAGCCAUGUAUUUCCAGUACAUAUUGCAGUUUCGGUUGACAUCCGGUGUAAAUAGAUGUGAAAUGAAAACGGGGACAUUUUAUUCCAUCAUUGAACAUAAGACAGAAAAGACAACAGAGAAGCAAAAUAGUGACCUUGUGCAAAAACUCACUUCUCUUGUAGGAAACGAACCUUUGAAUCAGUCCAAGAGCUGCGUGGACAGCAAUACUGCUGGACAUUCCAAGAAUCAUGUGAAGAAAGACAACACUCAUUCGAAUGUACGAAGGUCGAGUAUAUUCGGUCACAAUAUCGAGAAAGUUGGAUAUCCGACACUUUUCACAAAUCAGAGUUCUGUUGAAAUUUCAUCUGCAAAUGUUCUCCCCAGUAAAACUGGACUAACUGGACAUCGGAUAGAAGCUGAGGUGUCUGAAUUAAAGACAUCAUCAACAGCAUCUUCGUUUGUUAGUGAUGACCAAAUAGAUAAUAUGGCGGAACUGAAUGUACCGAGCAUUCCACAACAACAUUCAAGGGGGUAUAUAAAUCUUGCAUUCCAAACCACAGACUCCACCGACGAAGCAGCUGCAAAAGAUGCAGUGUUCGAGAAAACGAAUAAAAAGCAAGCAAUUAUGUCAAAUAUAAUGCACCGAACAAAACCAAGUAUAUCAGACAAACAUUCUUCUGAUUCCGACUCGUUUUCUGAUAUCUCUUCUAUUUCGUCACUUGGAAACAUAAACAAUUCAUCAAUACUAGGAACCGAUGUAAAAACCAAAAUGUCUCUCACAACAAAGACCACGAAAAAGUGGAGCCCUUCUCCACUGCCCCUCUUGGAGAGUAUUGUAACGUCACUUCCAAAAGCUAAGGUAAGUCGGAUGAGCUUUGAUGAAGUCCCAUAUGCAGAGAUUACUAAGGUUUCUACUCAACGUCCCAGAUGUUCUGACGAUACUUUCAAGGACAGAACAGAUACAGCAUCAUAUCCAGAGAAAACACGUGGAGAACCGCAUCAAGAAAACACACCAAAUGCAAGAUGGACGGCAACAACAGAUGAAGUUGUGGAUGAGAGUCAAGUCUAUAUUCUGGCCACUGAUGCUGAUAUGGAGUUUAAGGACACUGCCGUUUUGGAAUUACUUCAGAUGUGCAAUAACGACAAACGUAUAGGAGCUGCCUGCGGCAGAACACAUCCUCAAGGGAAGAGGACUGGCCCGGUGGUGUGGCAUCAAAUAUUUGAAUAUGCAAAAGAUUUCUGGAUGAUUAAGACUGCUCAGAAUGUGAUUGGUUCGGUGAUGUGUUGUCCCGGCUGUUUCAGCCUCUACAGAACAACAGCCCUUCAACAGGUUCUCACCGAAUACACCAAACCAACUAAAACCCCUUUUGCAGUUUAUGUGAAGGACACAGGUGAAGACCGUUGGAUGGCUACCCUGUUAAUGGUUAAAGGCUGGUAUAUGCGUUACUCGUCCUUCGCCCGCAACAACACUUAUUGCCCGGAUACAUUUGAAGAAUUCUUGAAACAGCGUCGGCGUUGGGUUUUGUCCGACAUAGCCAACGCUGUACUGGUCGUUCGAAACUUGGUCUCACUCAUUCAGCACAACGCCUGUUUCAGCGCUUGCUACGUGAUCUACAUGCUUAACAUGUUUCUAAAUAAUAUCAUUACCCCGGGCACUGCCGUAGUGAUGAUCACAGCCGGACUUGACCUCGUAUUUGAUGUGCCAUAUCUGUAUACUACCAUUCCGUUGGCGGUUACUGUACUCGUUUAUUCAGUGUUUUGCACGCAGGCGAGUACGCGUGCGCAGACCUAUUUUACUUUGGCCCUCACGGUUAUAUUGGGUUGUGUAUUCUUCGCGGUGGUUGUUUGGGGCUCUGCAACUAUCGUCAGAGGAAUAAUCAUAGAUAUCAUGGCCGAACGGUUUCACUUCCAACAGCAUUAUAUCAUAAUGUUGAUAACAGUGAGUUUCAUUUACGCAGCUUCAAUGCAUCCAUCUGAAAGUUAUAUGGUCUUCUACGGUUUAGCUUACGUCUUCAUAUUUCCUGCGAUGCAUAUUCUGCUGCCAAUUUACAGUAUCUCAAAUAUAGUGGACCAAAGCUGGGGAACCAGAGACUCGCAACAGCCCAAAAGACCGAAGAAGCCUAGCGUCUUUCGGUGCAUGAGGCGUAAAAGACACAAAGCUACAUGUGAUACAUUAGAUAUAAAAUCAAAUCAGAACCAUAUUUUGUCUCCAUCAUCAACAGGAGAAAAGAAUGCAGAAACCAAGAACAGUUCUUACGUCAUCGGAAAUCUGUUCUCAUUAGAGGAAGGCAAUGAAUUGCAACAGAAAGAACAUGAAUUUUGGCAAAACCUUCGAUCUACACUUUUAGGCAAUGAUGUUAACCUGGGGUUAGCGAAGGCUGAACUUGGGGAGCGAUUAAAACGAUUACGAAACUACGCUUGGUGCGGUAUGGUUGUCACCAAUGUUUUGUGGCUGGCGAUGCUGUCUGCGUUUUAUAUUGGCAUUUCAUCUCCUUUGUCAAGGCUAAACGUUUACGGUGUGAUCAGUGGCGCCCUGUACGGCUUCACGCUUGUCAUUCAGCUAAUCGGCUUAACUGCUUUUCGUUUGGAUUACUUAUUACGGAAAUUAGCUGAAAGCACGUACGGUCGCAAACUACCGUUUUGGGUGAAUCAAAAAGAAUAAA